UGCGUGCAGUUUGUUCCAAUUCCGUUUCCCGUUUUAGCGCUGCCUUGAGUCGAAAAGAAUCUGUCUUGUUCUCUUUUUACUCAUCCAUUAUUUUUCUUGUUACCUUCCAUUCAGUCACCUAAUUCUCUUGUUUUCUUGUUCAUAAUAUGCGGCCUUUAAGGUAUUAUUAUUAAACAUCAAGAGAGAGAGAGAGGGAAGCCCACUACACUCAAUCCGAGCGUGCCACAAAAGAAAAUACCAAGUCAUAAAAGCAAGAUUGCGAUCCCAUAAGCUAUAAUAGCUCUCUUCUACUUCUCUCUUCCGGGCUUCUACUUAUAUCGUUUGUGUGUCCUUCAAGAGUUGCAGUUUUGAUAGCGCUGUGUUUGGCAAGAUUUUGCAUCUUGGGUUUUUACUCUUCUGUUCUUCUUUGUGGGUUGUUGUUUUUUGAAGUUCUGGUUUUGGUUCUUGUUGUUGUUGGGAGAAGAAAAGAUUUCAUCUUUGCCUUGUUUGUAAUGUGUAAAAAUGUGGGCUUUCAUUGUUCUUAGCUUCAAGUCUUUAUUCAAUAGUUCUGCAGCAUCUCAUUUCUGACCUGAAACUUGUAGACACACACACACACACACACACACACAUAUAUAUAUAUAUAUAUAUAUAACUGUGGUGUUCGAGUUAGUAGAUUAUUUAGUUUUGUGAAAGGAAUGGAAGGGUACUCAAGAAAAGAUCCACAGUUGCUGGAUUUGAUUCCAAAAGAUAGCGAGUGUUUUGUUGCAAAAAGGGCAGAAGAAGAAGCAACAAGGCAUCAUGGGGUUUCAGAGGAGAAAAAGCUUGAGCUGAGUCUUGGUCCACCAGGUGGAGGAGACUACUGGACCAUCACCAAAACCUCAAAUGAAUCUCUUCUCUCUUUUCCCACCUAUUUUUCAACCAACCCUUGUGUGAAAUCCCCAUGGCAGCACCAAACUUUUCUUCAUCAUCUCCAAUCUGCUGCUCAGCUUCCUCUUCCUGCCAUGAAGGAAUCACCACCACAGCCCUGCACCAAUAGAGCAGCAGCUGUGGAGUUGCAGAGUGCAGAAAAGAAGAAGGCAUUUUCACCAGCUCCUGCAAACACAGCUGUGCACAACACUAGCAGCGCUCAGAAAAGGACUGCUCCAGCUCCGGUGGUGGGAUGGCCUCCCAUUCGUUCAUUCCGAAAAAAUAUUGCAACCGGCAGCUCUUCUAAGCUAGCCUCUGAAUCACCAAAUGCGGCUGCCGACAAAGAUUCCGGCCCGAAACCUGCUGAAAAUAGCCCAAGAACUCUGUUUGUGAAGAUCAACAUGGAUGGAAUUCCCAUUGGUAGAAAAGUUGAUCUCAAAGCUUACAAUAGCUAUGAAAAGCUAGCCUGUGCUGUGGACGAGCUCUUCAGAGGCCUUGUUGCAGCUCAAAGUGAAGUUUGUGCUGGUGGAAUCAAAGAUGACGAGGGAGGGAAAGGAAAGGUGAUCGGAGGUUUAUUGGACGGGAGUGGAGAAUAUACCCUUGUGUAUGAGGAUAAUGAAGGUGACAGAAUGCUUGUUGGGGAUGUCCCUUGGCACAUGUUUGUAUCGACAGUCAGGAGAUUACGUGUGUUGAAAAGCUCGGAGCUGCCCCGACUAUCUCGUGGAAGUAAAGAGGGGAAGCUCUCUCUCAAUGCAUGAGCGUAGUCGGGAAGUCUGUCGCUUAACGAUGGUCACAGGGAGUAUUUUGGCGUCGAUGAUGAUCAACUUUUGGAUAUUAUCUUAUUAUUAUUAUAUAUAUAUAUAUUUAAGAUGGAAGUAAAUGGCUGUGUUCUGUGUUUUAUGUAGUAGUGAAGAUUUGGGGUUGUGGAUUUUGUAGAAAGAAAUGCACUUGUUUUCUUGUUGUUGGAUGAACUGCAAAUUAUUACUUAAUAGGAAUGUUAUGAGGUUUUUGUAUGUGAUGGCUGCUAAUGCUGUCAUCUUGGUUUCAAGUUGUAGCGCUGUGUUUGGGAAAAAAGAGUCGAGUGCUUCCGUUGCUUGUAAACAGUUUAAAGUGAUCAAAGAAAUACAAUUUCAGCUUCUGACUUUCUCAA